UAUUUUAGAAACAGGCUCUGUAAUUGCUAAUGAAAUUGUACUUGGCAGUGAAAGAAAUUCUAUAACAGACUCUGAAAUAGACAAUGCAUCCUUAAAUGAAACAAUUAACGCUCCAUUUAGUGAAAUUACUAACAUGGAUGUAGAUUCUACUUCAGAUACUCAAGAUAGUUGUUUCUCCACAGAAAAGAGUACUGAAACAGAGACUUCUGAUAUUGAUUCUCAAAGUCAAACUGAUUCUUCAGUUGUAUACAACAGCACGGCGGAAAAAAACGAUAAAAAUAGUAAUGGUUGUUUUAGUACUAGUUCUGAUGACAGCAUAAUGAGUCUUCAAUCAUGCAAUAUAGAUCAAUUACAAUCAGGUGAAAACAUGUUGAUCAUAAUAAAGAUUUUAAUUAUACUGACGACAGUAUUGAUAGUACAUAUACUGACAUUUCAAAUAAAGUAGAUAUUGACAUGAUGAAUAUGAAUGGAAAUCAAGGAAGUGGAAAGAAAGAAUCAAUACAUAGUUUAAGUUUACAACUGGGUACUGAAUUCAAUUUAGGUUCUACCAUACAUUCAAAUAAUAUGGAAAAUUCCAUUUCUGAACUGAGCAUUGACGAGGAUGAUAUUAAAGAAAUGACGCACACUUCUAAUAACAGCGAAAGAGACCACGAUGAAAAAUCUAUUAAAGACAGUAUCGAGAAAGACACAAGUACGAAUGAUACUUUUAUAACUGUGGCUGAAUUAGAAGACUCGAUUCAAAAUGGCGUAGUCGGUGAAAGUUUGAUGAUAGAAGCACAUAAAAUUACUACUUCUGAUAAUAAUGAUAUUUAAUCAAUCAAAAUGACCAUGAAGUUUAUACCACUUUGGAAGAUAAGAAUGGCGUUAACAAUGCAAUAAGUAAUAAAUCAGAGGUCUCCAUUGAUAUUAGUAAAAGUUCUUUAGAAAAGCAACAUAUUAUAGAUAAUUAUGAUGUAAAUUUAAGUAAUUUGAAUAUUAAAAGUAGUCAUCUUAAUGACAAUUUAAGUGAAAUAGAUGCCAAUAGUAAUGAAGAGCAUCUUGCCAAUAAAAUUACUACAAUCUCCAACCAUAUUAAUGAAAAUGGAUAUCACGAAUCUGAUUCUGAUUUUAAGGAUGGGGAUUUUGAUACUGCGUCGGUUAGUUCAGAAGAUAGCCUAACAUUAGUUAGUAAAACCAGACACAGACUGCAAUUGAAACGUAAUAAAGAAUCAAAAGCUCACAAAUUCGAGGAUCCAGAAUUUAUUAAAUACUUGGAAACCAGCCGUGAUGCUUUAAUCGAUGAGCAUCCAGAACUUAGUUAUGAUGAAAUUGUUGCUUAUUUACAUAAAAGUUGGUUAUAUGAACAGAGUACAAAAACAGAUCUAAAGAAGUCUGAUAAUAUAGAUCAUUCAAAUUUUGUCAAAGGUCUGGACGAGCCUGUAAGAAAGAAAAGUUCUAAUCGUAAAACUAAAAAACCUCUUGAAAGAUAUAAAGGUAUGGAUAGUUAUGAAAGAAAACGACAUUCAGAAAGAAUUGUUUCAAUUAAUAGUGAGAUAUUUCAUGAAAUUACUUCUAACAUGCCUGUAGUUGUAAUAGAGAACCAAAUUUCAGAGGAAAAAACUACGAAAGAAGUACCCCCAAUCAAUAUUGACAAUAUAGUAGUGAAUAAUAACGAAGUGGAAAUUCCACAAUCAGUUACUAUUUUAAAUAAUGAUAAUAUUUCAAUGGGGAUUGACACGGUUGCGAAUAUGGAAAAUAGUUCAACAGAAUUAGAAAAAAGCGACAGUACUUCAAACACAUUAGCAUUAGAGCACAGCAUGCCUUUUCUAUCGGAACCUGUAAGCGAUACCAAAGGUAUUGAAGAAGAAAA